UGUUCCCACCGAGAACAGGACCAGGCAAGAGCCAGACCGAAGGUGUCACCUCCACAGAGGACUGCCUCUUACUUUCCCGCACACACAGACCCAUAGAGCCGGUAUAUAAGCGCGUUUUGAGCCCGUUGCAUUGAGCCGGUGUAUACAGCGCCGUGAGACGGCUCACUGAAUCGACAUUUUACUGAGUUUUGAAACCGGUUCGCUCCGGUGUUAUACCACUGCUCUUUGAAGCCGGUACAUUAAGCGGGUAUAUUGCUGCGUUUUGAGUUAGGUACAUUGAGCCGGUCGAUAACUGCUCUUGGACUACCGGUAUAUUGAGCCGGUAUUAUUAAGGCAGCCGGUGGCUGCCCCAUUGAUCCCUGGAGAAGCUUCAGCACCACGCGGUGGUGGACAGCGCCUCCACGUGCAGAGCCCGCGGGCGUCCCCUGCGAAUCGCAGCUUCAAGCCAUGCAGGAGAGGCGCGGCGCACGCUGCGGGGAAGCGAUGCUGAUGGUGAUGCUGCUGCUGCUGGUGGUGGUGGGUCUCAGAGGGGCUGCCUCGCUCCCGGCUCAACCGCGUGCGUCCCCAUUCCUCCCGCCUCGGGCUGGGGUCCCCAAGGCAGUGGACCUCCUACGCCUCCCUCUCGUCUGGGGGGAGGAGGACACGGCAGGGGCCCUCUACGCUCUCAGAGGUCGACUCCCUCGCCUCUUCCUCCCCGGGCCCAACCGGUAUAGACGCGGUAUCGUCGGAAUCAACACCGUGUCCCGCGAUCGAACCCACGACCUCCGGGGAAGAGUCCCACCACCUCGCAUCUCUGCGCGACACGUGGACGGCUUCUUCACGCAUCGCUACAGCAAGCUGCUGGGGGAGGAAGCGGCGAGACAUGCGCUCCGCGCCCUCCUCACCGGGGCUCGCAGGUUCGUCGCGCAGCGCGCUAACCGCAGCACUACCACCACCAUCACCAACCACCAGGGACGAGGUCGCAGAUGAUGGCAGCGAGCGACGGAUACCGCUCAGACGGGAGGCACGUGGCUUCUGGGUCAACGGCGAGGACGACAACAGCGACAGCGGUGAUGAGCAGCAGCAGCAGCAGGACGGGUGGCCCCACCAUACAGGCCGCUCCAAGUCCCCCCAGCAACGACCUCGAUCCAGACCCCAACCUCAAAGGCGAUACUUUGAGGACGCUCGCUUGGACCAAGAGUUCAUGACCCCCCUUCAGUACUGAAUGCCAGCUCCCCCCCCCUCCCCACCGUGCUCCGCUGAACGCGGGCUGCGUGAAUCAUCUUAUUUAUUAAAUGUUUUCAUUAAUAUUGAUGUCGUCACACCCUAGGUGUACGUUUAUAGAAAGCGUUGUCGGUGUGCGUCUGCGUGCAAAGGCGUCUGCUCGUACAGAAACCCGAGCGGAUUGUAGACCGUGGUCUCACGGUCGAACGAGCGGUGGCUCUCGGGAGGUUACUGGACGAUGACAUCGGUUGGUCGAAGCGAGACCUUCGAGAAAUCUCUCGUGGAGUUUUACCAACUCCAAUGAUGGCAGCCAAACAAUCUGCAACCAACCCAUGGGGCAUUUAAGUAAAUCAGUGAGUUGACGUUUAAAAACGAAACUAUUUAUAUAUUUAUUUGACUAGCUAAGGCCCACUGAGCUAUGUAGCUAUUUUUCAGAAACGACCUGGCCACAAAUGAUAGCUCAACAAAGCGGCUUAUCACGUGGACAUUUAUAGCAGCCAAAUACUCUCAAGCGCACGAUAAUUCUAAAUGUGGAGGGAAAAACCAGAGGACCCGGACAAAAAUCUCCAGUGUCGGGCGAGAGGAUUGUUGAAGUGACGUAAUAAUUCUGUGAUGUCAUCUUCUGAACAUUCCCCUGAUAUGAAUUUUACCGAUCGACGGAGUUUAUAAAGCACAUUUAUAUAUAAAAAAAAUACAAGCAUGUAUGGCAGUGAUGCUGGUUAUUGUUAAAUCGAGUGACACCAGACAACUUAAAAAGUGGUUAAAAAUUGAUUGAAUGAAGUUAAAUGGCUUGUGGAAAGGCAAGGCUUUAAGUGGAUGUCGCAAAUUCCACAAGCUGGUGUUGGUGUCAUUCACAUUUCGUCCGUUCACAUUAAAAACGAAACGCUUGAACGACGUGUCAAUUGUAAACAAGAGUGAGGCCGAAAGGUGGAUUGGUGGUGAUGAAAUAAACACUCUAAAAACUUCA